AGUUUGGGGAAUUGCAUUAUCUUUCCCCUUUCAAGACUAUAAAUGGAGAAGACUUUUAAUGAAAAUGUGCAGUUUGCAUUCAAAGCGGAAAGCAGUAUGAAGCUAUCCCUGCUGUUGAUCGUGUCUUUUUGCAUCUUUGGCUUGGUUUUGGGCGAUGUGGUCACCAAGCCAACAUUCAUACGCAGUCGGUAUAGUUUGCGUUGGGGCAAGACCACCACGGUGACUCCAGUGCCAACAGCUGCCCCAGCCAUGGAGCUUCCCCGAACCACUGCCCAUCCAAAUCUUGCAACUUCGACCGCCAGUGCAGAUUAUGAUUACUACGGCAAUGUUGAAAGCGAAAAUGUGGUGCACAAGUGAAGAAACAUAAAAGAAUUCCAGAAAAAUGGAUUCUCUAUUGCUAUAGAGAAAAAUCUUCAUCUACCAAACAAAGAGUAUUUCUUAUAAUCAUUUUAAAUUGAUAUGUACAUUAAAAUAUACUCAACAACUUAUUAA